CCAAGUCUCCGUGGCCAGCGCUGACUUUGCAACAAUUCAAUCGUCCGAACACACGAUCGCUUGGGUUCAAAUUACAACAGAAAACGCUACUCUAGCAUCAUUAUAUCCACAGGAUUUGUAAACUUCUCCCUGCCUACGAAGGAAGCUUGUUCUCCUGCCCAAUUCUCCGACUUCACUCUCUGCGCCUGGUCUCGUUUGCUCCAUUCUGACAAAAUCCGAAUAUUCUCGCUUGUUCUCCCAAUCUUGCCUUACGAAUCCAGUCCAGUCGAGUCGAGCUCUCGACUGCGGCCAACUGAUCGUUCAGCUGAACCAUCAGCCAAUUGCUGGGAAAUGCAGGAGUAGAGGCGACAACACGAGGGUAACAGCGACGUGAAAGCAUGGCGGUUCUCACCAUCGGCAUUCUCGUGCUUCUUGCAGCUUUUGGACCUGCAUCUGCACAGGUGCAAUGCAAUGGCGGCGACAGGGAUGCUCUGCUAGAAUUCAAGGCAGCAUUUAUCGAUGUUCCUUCUCCGAGAGUCCCGGACGCUGACUUCCAAACUUGGCUACCGGGCACCAAUUGCUGCUCCUGGAGAGGCGUGAAUUGCACCUCGACGGGUCGAGUGCAGGGUCUCGCUGUCCAGUCCGCAUCCGGGCAAGAUCCGAGCAGGGGAACUCCGCCCUUCAGGAACUCGAGCUACAGAGGAGUAGUCGGAGCAUCCCUGGGGCGCCUUUCGGAGCUCGACUACCUGAUCAUGACCCAGAUUCGCUGGAACGCGCCCAUUCCCAAGGAGCUCGGCCAGCUCUCAAAGCUGCGAGAGGUGAACUUCGGAGAGAACAACCUCACGGGUACUCUGCCAGCUGAGCUCGGCAAGCUUUUGAAGCUCGAAAAGCUGGAGAUCAGCACCAACCUUCAACCGGGGCCCAUACCCUCGAGUUUCUGCCGACUCACUCGACUGACCACUGUCCGCCUGACGAGUACUCGCCUGACUGGAUCGAUUCCGCCCUGCAUUGGCCGGUGGUCGAGACUGGUGGGUCUGAUUCUUUCAUACAACUCUCUCACCGGCAGCAUUCCUCCGGGUCUUGGACAGACGACCACUCUCGUCACCCUGUCUCUCACGAGUAAUCAGCUCACUGGCACGAUUCCUGCAAAUCUGGGCAACCUCCCAUCGUUGGAGAGCUUGGAGCUGGAAUCGAAUCAACUAUCUGGAGCUAUUCCUCCUCAGCUCAGUCGAGCUAGGUCUCUCCAGUUCCUGAGGCUCGGGUCCAAUCGUCUGAGCAAGUCCAUUCCGGCUUCUCUCGGGAGUCUUGCGCUGAUCCGGACGAUCGACCUUCGAGAGAAUGAGCUCACGGGAUCGAUUCCACGGGAGCUCGCAGCGCCUUCCAAUCUUUACUCCAUGGAUCUCAGUGCGAAUCAGCUCACCGGAGGCUUGCCAGCUGCAUUCGGCCAAAUCGAUGCUGCCCUCGACUUCUCCCUCAAUGUGUCGCACAAUAAGCUCGUGGGACCGAUUCCACAAAACUUCGGAGGCAUUUUCCAGCUCGAUGCGAGCAGCAACUAUCUAAGUGGAGCCUUCCCACUGUCGCUGGUGAGUUGCCGGGACGUUCGUCUGUCGAACAAUGGCCUGAGCAGCUUGCCUCAGGCCACCUCUCUCCCUCAGAACCUCAAUCCAGGACCCAGAAUUUUCGAGCUCCGGCUCGACGGGAAUCGGAUCACCGGGCCUCUUCCCCCAUGGCUGUCGCUGCUUCCGGAAAUCUUCAAAUUAGACAUCUCUCGGAACAUGAUCACGGGCCCUGUGCCUGCAUCCGUGCUCGGUCUGCCUUCAUUGCAAGACCUGAACUUGUCCAACAACAAACUCGACGGUCCACUUCCAACACAGAGCUUCCGGGGAUCGGCGAGAUUCUUGGAUCUGCAUAGAAACCGCAUCUCAGGCCCGAUCACUUCAUCCUUCCUGGCUAAUCUUGGUACAAUCAUUGAGCUCGACUUUUCCAGAAAUGCACUUUCAGGACCUUUGCCUGCAGACAUCGGAAGCUACCUGUUUGGCAUCAACUCCUUGAAUCUCUCGUAUAAUAAGCUAGACGGUAAAGUUCCAGCAUCCAUCAGCAACCUGACAGACCUCUCGUACUUGAACCUUGCAUACAACAAGUUCACAGGUCCGGUUCCAUCUAUACCCUCCAUCUAGUUCCAUCUAGUAAAAUCUGCUCAUAUCUCUUGCACUGCAGUGGUAGAUCAGUGAUUGAUCGCACUGCACUACACACCCUACUUGUAUAAGUACCUCUGUGAGCUCACUAUGUAUAAUAAAACUCAUGCUUGGUAGGCUCAUACACGACUGAUUGCUCGUCGAGUUUUUGGAGUGCUUGCAUCAAUCAUUUCAAACCUACAUCGUCAGUCAGAUAUAAAUAGCCGAUGUUCAUCCUAAACUUCCAAUAGAGUCCGUGUUUUGGCCAACACUACUGCAGUGACCCUUCCUCCGAUGCCACUCCAGCGGUGAAGUUGUUUGUACACAAGCAUGUGCCUAGUGUCGAUGUUCAAUACGAGAUUAUUGAGUGUGAGAUUACCAGGCACCUCACAAAUCCAGAGUCGCAGCUUACUAUGUGAAUAAAUCUUGUUUAUGGUUUGUGCGCCUGACCGGCUCUUUCGAUGUUCUGGACAGAUUACAAGGUCCUCGAAUUGUACAAACAAGUGCUUUGAGCUUUGCCCCCAUCCCGUUCUUCCCACCUGGAGAUCACCCGGUCCAUAGAUGAAGCAGUCGUCUUUUCCAACCUUUAGUAUAAUGUCCACGACCUCAGCUUUCACCUUUAAUCCGCUAUCAUCAAAACACUGGUAUUUGAUAUCAGUAGCGCCGUUCUCUACGGUUUUAGUUUCACACUUCCAUUUCGUGGGCGGGGUUAAGCCAAAAUGCACGAUUCAUGGAGUUAUGUGGCAAAGGUCAUCGUUCUUGAUUACUAGGUGAGAUUGUGAAGUACGGCACAUGUCGAGAAACCCAAAUCCUAUUCAUGCUAAAAGUUAUGUACAACAGGUCGCCUUGCGGAAGAUAAUAAAAACGUUCAAGCUGUGCAUCAACACUGCUAAGGAUCAG